AUGUCUUUCACAGAUGCAUUCUCCAUGAAUAUAGAACCAUAUAGUAGCUUUGGACACUCUUCCAUAGCAUCUCCAUUCUCAUUUGCAGCCGAUGAGUACACAGUUGGCUUUCUUAUGGCCAGGUUUCUUGUGCUAUUUUGCAUUCCCCUACAAGAAUACAAGUAUAUCCCAUUGCCGGCAACCGUUGUAGAGCUUCGGGCUGUCUAUCCUAACCAUACUGGGGAGUAUUUGUGCCUGGUUGAAGUCAAUGAACAACACCAGGUUCAGCUCUCCAUCUACCACUUACUGCGCACUGAGCGAGUGAGCACAAUACUUCUCUCCGGCGUGGCCAGUGAAAUGGUUAGCCAGGACGAUGAAUCUAUAGAGCUGCAGCUUCCAACCAGUGUUCACUUUUCAGUUACAUCCCGCGUUAUCGCCGUGCAAAUGCCCUUUCCAACAUCUUCUCUCCUCAUCAUUAACUGGCAACGAGGAACAACAGAGUCGAUUACUCUACCAGACAACACAGAGUUUCUUUCUCUGUGCCCCUUCUCAGGGACUGCCAUGAUAAGCGUCCUCUCUAAUCAGACGAUUCGUCUUUGGCGUUCCAUAGACGGAGCAUUUAAGGAUUUUACUCCGACAAAAAUGCGGGCUUCCAUUCCUACGCAACCGGUUCUUCUUCCCAAUGGCACAGAAGCAACUGUGUCCGUCAGGGGCUGCUUCUGGAUGGGUAGUAGCCUCAGUGCAGCCAUUACAAAUCUUGGGGAUGUGCUGAUCUUUGCUGGGCCGUCCUUUAUAGGGGCUAUCCCAGUGGCCAGAGCAAGAGCAGAGGUCUCUCUCUUCAAAGAAUUCAAGAGCAACGAAUAUUAUACUAUCUAUGGACAGGUGACCGCUCACUGUGUUCACAAUAACCUCCUCAUUAUAGGCACAGACCUUGGAGAGCUUGUCUGCAUAGAGUUUUGUCUUAACUUAGAGGCAAAUAUGCGUCCGACAUCGGGCACCCAGUCACAUGCUCAAGAACAAGUUCCCUCAAAGAACCCUUAUUCCAUGGAGGCUACCGUACCCGUGGACGAUGAAGCAGAUAUAGACAUCAGUUUGCCGUUCGUCAGUCAGUUUAAACAACCGAGUGCAGAGGCUGAAGAGGAAACGGGUCCGUUAGAUAUCAUGGAGCUGGCUACGCUAUUUUCGAAAACGUCAUGCAUAAGCCUUGGCGGAUCGCAGGUUGCUGUUUAUCCACACAAGGUACUCGGACUGUCCAUCAUUUCAAAUACUGAAAUAUCAAACAUAAGCUGUGCCACCCCCGAGUAUGCACUUAUAGAGACAGCAAGUAGUACUAUGCAUAUCUGGCCCCUGAACUUCAAUAAUGUGCUGGUAAUAGACAAAACUACACUCUCGCUAGUGCAGAAGAGUAUCUCAAGCGCGUUUGGAGGUUGCUUUUCCAAGAAAAGGAAGGACGGACUAAGUUGUACAGAGGCCGUCUUUCGUCCAAGAAUGGCAUUUACCGAUGAAGUAGAGAAGGAGAGGCGGUCACUUGUUGAUUCCAUCAAUGAAUAUAUGAGCCAGCAAAGUGAGGUGGCUGUUGAGAAGUUUUACGAACUUAUCAGCAGCGAGCUGGACCUUGAAAUUCACAGCCUUACAUUGGCUAGCGAUGACGCCGUGAUAGAUACUGCUGGGAUACAGUAUCUGAUUACUCUCCAGGGUAUAUUAGAGAUCGUACGUGAGGAUGCGCCUUUUUCCAUUAAACGCGACACUCUAUUAUCACUAGUACCAAGCUCCACCACUACUCAGCCAGAGGCCCAACCAGUAAAGCAGCCAUCUGAUGCUGGUACUCAGAGUAGUGAUGUCUCGCAACGGAAAAGUGGUUCCUUAGAGGAGGUAUCAGAGAUCCAAACUGCCAUUGGUACACUGUUGCAGGGUAUCACUAAGAAGUUAACUGAUACUGGUGCUGGAGCAGUUGCUGAUUCCACGCAGCUACCCACUGCAGACGUGCCUAGUUCUUCCAAGGACUCGGAAGAAUGCGUCGACAAUGUCCCCCUUCGGGCGAUAAUGAACGAUGCUGAUGUCGACUCCAACUCGUAUCUGAACCGCUUUACCUCCAUACAGCUCUGGAGUCAGCUCCUUCAAGGGUUUCCAGUUCCCAGCCUUCCUCCACCAAGUGUGUUUCAGCAACUUUGUGGUCCACGGGCCACCCUCGCUGAAAAGAGUCUUUUGCGGCCAGGAGCUCGUGUAGGGCCUCCACUGCCUAUGAAUUUUGGGAAGCUUACCUGUAUGGACGCCAGCAGUGUCUGUGACAUAUAUAUUGUAGGAAGUUCAGAAGGAUAUAUAUAUGCUGGUCGCACGUCCACAGGCAAGCUCUUCGCCUAUCGGAAGUUCCGCAGUGCUAUUCAGGGGCUCAAGCUCUAUCCAAACGGAUUAUUCGGGGUAGCACAGUAUAACGACGGCCUGGGAAUAUUCGUCAUCAACGAUCACGAUAUCCUUGAGUCAAUCUUCUUCACAGAGUCCGGCAUACGUCAAUUUGCACUAUCCCAUGGUGGGGGAUACCUGGCUGCCAGCAUAGAGUCAGAUAAGCGACAAGCCGUACGGAUCAGAAGUUUGGAGGGGUUUGAUAUUAUUGCAGAGCUCUCUGUCUCCCAGUCCCCAUUGGUACACCUGGAGUUUGUCCCUGGUGACACCAUGCUUAUAAUAGUCGAGAGAGAUGGACUAGUUUCUGGGUAUAGUCUGUUUACAAAGCAACGGUUGUUUGAUUGCAAGCUGCGUGGAGUAUGCCUGACUUCUGCUGCAAUCGCUAUUGGGCGGCAGAUUCCAGGUGACGCUAUAGGACAGGCUUCCAUGUAUGGUAUUUUAAACAAGGAGGAAGAUGCUGCGCUCCACGAUGAAUCUCUUGUACCACCGGCUCCGGGAAAACUUGCUACCACAAGCUUGCAGCAGAUGAGGACAGCGCUUACAGACGAGACCCAGCUGCCCUAUGAUAUGCUGAUUAAGCACGGGUCAGUGAUUGACUCUGUGUGUUAUGAACCUAUUGUGGUUCUCUGCUAUGAUAUUAGCGGCAGAGUUUACGAGGUGAUCUCCAACAGGAUCCUUCAUGAGCUGCAAUCCCCAGAACCCUUCACUGUCAACCUACUAGCGCUGGUUCCUCCUCCUGUCUCCAACGAAAUCCUGAUGUCUAACUGCUACAUUGAAAAAUUGGUUAAGAUUAAUCAAACCUCUGAAAUAGAAGCUGCUAUGCCUGUUGUGACAACCGCUACAGGCGCCAUUUUUGGUAUUGAUCAGGAGGAGCUGAUCGUCAAAGGUGAGGAUGCAGAAGUAAUUAGUGCACCAAUUGACACAAAAAUGGACUAUUAUGCGCACCAUUCUACCACUCAUGAGAUAGCAGAGACGAACCUUGAGAAUGCCCUUAUUGAUGCAGCCGGAGAUAUAGAGGCCAUCACAGCCGAGCACUUGGAAGCCCGCCUCAACCAGAGUAAGAAGGACUAUUAUAUGGGGACAAUAACGUCGACUAGUAACGACUCUGUUCUGCCGGAAACUCAGGGAUUGGUGGACAGCAUUAUCAAGAUGUCAUCCAGGCUUUACUCACAACGUCCUGUCUCUCUUUCCGAGCCAGAGUGCCAAUUUGUUUUGGGGUUUACCGCUAACGGAUGGAUUACGGCCUUUGAUUGGCCGUUCCGAAUUCCGAAGGCAAUCUACCGACGGAGAUUGCAUGGCUCGGAUAUCACUGCUGCAAAGCUUAUUAGAGGCAGCACCUUGUUUACUCUGAGCGCAGACGAACUCAUCAUUUCACACAUUCGCUUCCUCAUUCCUGCUAGCUCCAUAUUUUCCGGAGCAGAUAAGUCGCAGCAUUUUCGGAUGCUGAAGUCAGCGUUUCAAGCCGAUGACGGCCUAGAGUCUUUGUUGCUAAAGCUUCCAAUCACACAGUAUCUGCCUGUAAUGCCCUUUGACCAUUGUUCAAGGACUGUGGCAUACGGAUCCAACUUAGAUAGCAAGUUCUUUAACAUGCUUGUUAAUGCAGCUGACAUUUGGGUUUCAACAGACUAUCGCGCUUCUCUCAUCAAAGAAGCCACCAGAGACAAGGCAGGAAAGAUCACAGCAAAGUUAUCCCACAUGAAGGCGACUAUAGCGUCCGCGAUUCAGCAACUAGACCAACAAAAUUCUGGAGGUGAUCAGGAAAAUAGCAAAAUGGAGGUAGAGUUUGAUACAGACCACGAGCAUGCCUUGGUGGAGACUCAGGAGAGAUAUCAGACGCGGAUAGAACAGAUUCGCAAGGAUAUUGCCGACCUGGAGCAAAUGCUGAAAAAUGAGGCCGAGCGAUAUGAGUCGUCCCGCUCCUCGCUUCAGAAGCGCUUUGAGAGCAUCAUUAAUUACGAAGAAACCAUGCGAAUGGCGACAGUUGCAAAUCUAAACGCACAGAUAGAUCAGCAGGACCAAGCACUCAGUAAAAUAGAAGCGGCAUAUAACGAAGAACUCCGUCAAAUAGACGACGAGCGGAGGGAGGCGUUGAAGGCUGUGGAGCAGAUAGGGGAAACAGCGGUUGAGCGGGAGAAGAACGCCUCGGCGACUCUCCGGGGCUGGGAGAGUAUGCAGAGGCGUCGUAUAGCGACUAUUAUAGGCCAAGGACAUCAGCUCAGUGCAGAGUAUGACAUGGAGGUCAAGAAAGCCCAGAAGUAUAAUGAGGAGCUAGCUAAAGUGAUGGCAGACAUCGAGGCAACAAGAAAAGUCCUGCAGAAGAAGGAUGAACAGGUCGCCUUCGAGGAACGGAAGAUCUACGACUUAAACAAGGAUAUUAAGCGCCUGGGAAAAACGCAGUUUGUGCUGACGAACCAGAUCUCAGAGCUCAAAGCAGAGAUCCACCCCAGAGAUGAGCUGAUUAGUGACAUGCGGGAGCGCGUAGACGGGCUCUCCGGGAAACUGGAGGACCUUAGCCAUCAGUGGGACACCAUCACAAAUACUCUUGAUGCAGAACAGGCAGCGGUAAAGGAGCUGACGACACAAAUAGGCGAGGAAACCCGACGCUUGCGGUCUCGAGAGCGUGCUCUUGAAAAUCUCAAGAAAGACAUCAUAGUUCUUGUGACAGAGAACAACCCCGGCGAGUGGAUGGCUCGGCUGAAGGCCCUCUGGAAAAAAUACCAAGCUUUCCACGACGAUAUCUCCAAGUCGGUGAGGGCCGCAUCCAAAGCUUAUGAUAGCGACUCCACGGUGGCCAAUGAACUCAUAGAACACAAGGGUUAUCUCAAUAGUCGCAUUGACGACCUGUACGCCGAGCUGAAAAAGGGCUCUCGCAACUUUACAACUGCUCAGGCCUUCUGCCUUGACGAGAAUAGCGCUCUGUUAACAGAGUCGCACAGGUUGCGAGAUGAGAACAUUUCUCUGAAAACACAGCUCCAGCGGGUUGUUGCAAUGCUCGAGGAGAUCCGCCUCAAUGAGCUGAGCGUCCAGACCCAGCGUCGCAUGCGAGAGCGCGCGGCCUCGCAGAACCGGUCGCCCUCCCUAUCGGAGAAAGGCAAGUCGAGCAGUCACCCUACCGGAGAGAGGCUUUCAGUGGAGCAGUGA